AUGUAUUUUUUGGUCUACGUUGAUGAUCUCCUUCUCACCCGGAAUCAUGGUCCCUCUCUCACCAGUUUUCAAGAACGUCUUGCUGCCCGGUUCUCCCUAAAAAUCCUUGGCAAUGUUGACUACUUUUUGGGCAUUGAAGUCCUUCCAUCCUCUGUUGGGUAUUUAUUGUCUCAACACAAAUAUGUCCUGGAUCUAUUGCAACGCUUUGACAUGGUUGGUUCCCAUCCUGCUCCCACUCCUCUGUCUUCGGCCGCCAAACUUCAGCUUAAUGAUGGCUCCCCACCUGCCGAUCCUACUCUCUACAAGCAGGCACUUGGCUCCCUCCCGUAUCUAUUGUGCACCCGUCCUGAUAUCGCGUUUGCAGUCAAUAAGGUCUCACAUUUUAUGCAUGCCCCGACUGAGCUUCACUGGCAGCAUGUGAAACACCUUCACCGUUACCUCCGCGACACAACUUCUCUUGGUCUUCGUCUCUCUCCAGUCAACACCCACACUCUUGUUGCCUUUGUCGAUUCCGAUUGGGCGGGUGAUCCUAAUGAUCGUAAUCCACCAUGGGCUACCUCAUUUACUAUGACGGCAACCUUAUAUCUUGGAAGUUCAAGAAACAACGGUCAGUGGCGCGCUCAGGUAUGGAGGCUGAAUACCGCUCUCUCGCCCAUGCCACAUCCGAGCUAUUAUGGACACAAAAUCUUCUCCUGGAACUUCAUCAUCCUGUUUCCAGUCCACCCGUCCUCUACUGUGACAACCUCGGGGCUGUUAACUUCUCAGCCAACCCAAUUCACCACUCGAGAAUGA